AUGAUUAAGUCUUCAAAUCAAUUCAUCGGAAAUUUAAUUCUCAAGAAGAACGCUUUAAUGAAACCAGAAACAUUAGUCGCAGAUUUCCCUUUCUUCUCACCGAAAAUGAAUGUCUCAUCGUUUGUCGAUAUCAAAGACGAUUGCAAUAAAAACUCGAAAACAAACGCUUUGUUUAUCCCCGUCGCAAUACCACCAAAUAAAGUGUUUCGUGUGUCAACGUGCAACAGAGACACGACAGUAAAAACAUCAAUUUCAAUGACAUGUGAAAGUGGGUGUCUUAGAACAAGAACACGCCCAUGCAAAUACAAGAAUGGGACCAUUCUCGAGUUUCUUCCUUCAAUUCAAACAUUCCUGAAAGCAAAAGUCCGAAUUGGAGCAGAGAGAAAUGUACCAAAUGGUAAGGUGCGAGUCACACUAUACACUGUCGAUCGCCCUCAAAGAGCCAAGGUGCGCCGAACGAGACACGCUUCAUUCAAGAAAGCUAAAGAAAAGAAAACAGCAGAGGUCAUCAUCAAUAAAAGCGAUUUAGUACCUGUAGUUAAGAAAAUAGAAAAACGCUUGAAUACCACUUCCAAUUACACACCAAAACGUGUCGAAAAAGAGUUCAAAAUAACAAAGGUCGAUUUAACCCAAUCAAACGGAAUUGUACAAACGAUGAUUUCAGACAUCGAAAAGAUGAGUUGGUGGGUUGUCGCAAUUUUUGUAUUUCUCUUCAUAGUGUUGCUCCUUGUUGUUGGGCUUGUCUUGUCGGGUACAAUGAACGUCGUGCAACAGGAACAGCACGAAACAAAAACACUCGAAUUGAAUUAA